CAAAUCCGUGUUCUCCCUCGUGUACCGUGUUCGUGGUUGAUGCGCAGUGCGAAAAAUCUCAUUGGCUAGUGCCCCUACUUAUAUUCAAGUUUCGCGGCAAUGCGUUUCUCUUUACCUCUCUCUUUCUAAACCCUGCCACUUCUUUUCUUCCUCUUCCUUCACCGGGAAUCGGCUAAACCCUACCAUCGACACAAGGGUUCAAUGGCACCAACAAGGAAAUCUAGAAGUGUGAAUAAGCGGAUUUCAAGUUCAGAUGACAUUUCUCCUGAGAAAGAUGGAGUUAAUUCAAAUAAAAACAAGCAACGGAAGAAAAAGUUGACUGAUAAAUUAGGAUCUCAAUGGAGCAAGGAGGAACUAGAGCGAUUUUAUGAAGCAUAUAGGAAGUAUGGGAAAGAUUGGAAGAAGGUGGCUGCUGUUGUACGUAAUAGAUCUGCUGAAAUGGUAGAAGCUCUUUACAAUAUGAAUCGGGCAUACCUCUCUCUGCCAGAGGGUACAGCUUCUGUUGUUGGCCUUGUGGCAAUGAUGACGGAUCAUUACAAUGUGCUGGAAGGGAGUGACAGUGAAAGGGAAAGCAAUGAUGCACCAGGAUCUCGGAAACCUGUUAAACGAAAGCGUGAAAAAGUUCAGCUUAGUGUCUCUAAAGAUCCAGUCCAGUCUCACUCAUUUGCUUCCAGUGAUGACUGCCUCUCUCUUUUGAAAAAGAGGUGCUUUGAUGGUAAAAUACCCAAUACCUAUUCUGGUAAGCUGCCUGUUGGUAAAAGGACUCCUCGUGUCCUAGUUAAGAAAGAUGAGACAGAAAAUUAUGUUUCGCCCUAUAGAAGAAGCCUGAAGUCUACUGUAGAUGCUAAUGAUGAUGAGGUUGCACAUGUUGUAGCGUUGACAUUAACUGAGGCUUCACAAAGAGGAGGCUCCCCCCAAGUUUCUCAAUCACCAUAUAGAAGAGUAGAGCGAAAUUCCUCUCCUGUCCAGAGCUGGGGAAGAAAGCACAAAAUGUCAGGGACAGCUCGUGCCAAGUUUCAUGAUGUUUCUGCAGAUGAAGAGUUCUUAGAAUGUAGUGUCAGUGUUGAAAGCAGGGGAGCUGAAAAUGGAGAAUAUGCAAGAGAUAAUAGUUCAUUGAUGGAUAUGGAGGGCAUAGGCGCUGUUGAAGUUCAUCAUAAGGGGGAGAAAUUUUACAGAAAGAGAGAGAGAGUGAAAAUUGUUGGAAGCCAUCAGCUUGAUGAUGGUGGGGAAGCAUGUAGCGGCACUGAAGAAGGACUUAGUUUUAGUUCACAAAAGGAAAAGGUUGAUAUUGAGGUUACUAAUGACAAACUUGAAAAAUUCUCUCCAAAUGGUCAAAGGAAAAGAAACAAGAAACUCUUCUUUGGAGAUGAAACCCCUUCCUUGAAUGCUUUGCAAACAUUGGCAGAUCUUUCUCUAAUGAUGCCAACAUCUAAAUUAGAAUCUGAAUCAUCUAUCCAGUUGAAGGGAGAAAGAAUGGCUGCUGAUAAAGACGAAAAGUCUGCUUUACGUGAAGCAACAUCAAUCAGCCAUAAGAAACAUAAACUUAAACACUGUGUGGUCCCUGAAAUUGAGGUUUCAACCUCGAAAAAGUCUAAGCUUGGAAAGGAAUUGACAAAGACUACAAAUGCUCUCUCCGAAUCAAAAGAGCAGCUUCCCUUUGCUGAUACAAUAUUGAAAAGAAAGCGGAAGUCUAUGGGUUCAAAGGUUGCGAGUGCAAAGCUUGAUUCUUAUCCAAGUGGUCCCUUGAAAGAUGGGGCUUUAGAUGAUGAGAAUAAACUAGUCGUUAAAGGAAAACACACUGAUCAGGUUCUUCCCCUACCAAAGCAAUUAAAGAUAGUUAAGUCAUCAGAGAGUUCUGUGUGUUCUGAACAGAAAGAUUUGACAGUAUCAGCCGCAGAAGUUCCACUUUUGAAUGAAGUUAGUAUACCAACUAAACGAAGUAGACGGAAGAUUAUUUUACAGAGAACAUCCUUGCCAAAGGAAAAGUCUUCUGACUACAUAUUGAAAAGUCAACCUAAUAAGUACUAUACCCUAAGGGAAAAGCUUUCUAGUUGCUUGUCAUCCAAUAUGGUUCGCAGAUGGUUUAUUUUUGAAUGGUUUUAUAGUGCAAUUGAUUAUCCAUGGUUUGCCAAAAGGGAAUUCAUGGAGUACUUAAAUCAUGUUGGACUAGGGAAUAUCCCAAGGUUAACUCGUGUUGAGUGGAGUGUCAUAAAAAGUUCCCUUGGCAAACCCCGCAGGUUUUCUGAACACUUUCUACGUGAAGAAAGACAAAAACUUGAACAAUAUCGGGAAUCAGUUAGGAAACAUUACACUGAACUGCGGACUGGUGCUAGGGAUGGACUUCCAACAGAUUUAGCUAGACCAUUAUAUGUUGGACAGCGAGUAAUUGCUCUUCAUCCAAAAACAAGAGAGAUUCAUGAUGGUAGUGUGCUUACUGUUGACUAUGACAAGUGCAGGAUUCAGUUUGACCGUCCUGAAUUGGGUGUUGAAUUUGUAAUGGUAAUAGAAGUAAGAAAACAAAUACUACUGAACCCUCAGUUGCAACGGGCGAGAAGUUUGGUUAUCUUACCGACAGAGAGUAGUUCGCGGCGGGGUUACCGAACCGGCGAGGGAAGUAGUCGAGGAAGGUCUUCGAGGCUUUUGGACCGGGGAUUUAAGUCGGACCGGUGGGUUUUCACGAUGGCGCCGCCUUUCUUAGUUAGAGCAUCGUCAAUUAGGUCUCCCAGGGUGGCGAAUAACGCCGCCGACGCGGGAACCUCCGCUGCGCCGCCGCCGCCGCCGCCUACUGUGGAAUCUUUUGAUGCUACAAUUCAGGCAUUGUCUUUGACAAAGGAAGGUGAAGAUGUAUUCAUGAAGAUUGGGCAGGCAUUGGAUUCUAUUAAUCACCAACAAUUGGCCUCUGUGUCUAGAUUACCUGUGAUCAGAUCUCAAGAACAAGUGAAUGUGAAUGGCAGUUUUUAUCAUAAUAAUCAUUCAACUUGCUUUGUAUCAGAGUCUUUACUUAAUGAUCCAUCUGGUCAAAAACUACAUAAUUAUUCUGACAAAUUUGAUACUGAAAUUCCAUCAGAGCUUAUCACUUCAUGUGUUGCUACAUUAAUCAUGAUUCAGACAUGUACUGAACGGCAAUACCCUCCAGCUGAUGUGGCUCAGAUAUUAGAUUCUGCCGUUACGAGUCUGCAUCCAUGCUGUCCUCGAAACCUUCCUAUUUAUAGAGAAAUUCAAAUGUGCAUGGGAAGAAUCAAGACCCAGAUUUUAGCUCUCAUCCCUACUUGACUUUACAUGUGUAAUUCCCUCAUGUAGCUCUUCUGUUGUAUAUGAACUGAACUGAACUAAUAGUUCAGAUCACAUAGGGGCUCCUCGCCCACCUUGUAAUGUCUUUUUGUUGAGGGGUACAAUCAUUUUUUA